AUGUCGGAACUGUUUUCAACCAAUCGAUUGGCUCACGAAACAGGCCUCAGAGCCGCCUUGUGUUACUUAGACGCUUUAGGAGGUCACAGCGGAUUACAACCUGCAAUUGAGCAUCUACUCUCUCACCCUCGUGUUUUUGCAUACAUCGUCUCUGUUUGGGAUCGCUCUGCAGAAAUGGUGUCACAAAUAGUGGAUGACUUUCCCACAGAUGCUCAAGAGUACCGGUCGUCCCUUGCAUGCAAGAUGCUGGACAAUGUGUCCGUUUACGCUCUCGCCCUGCCAAUCGAGUCUUUGUCAAGGGAAGUUGCGAAGGAUAUCGGUCGCUACCGGGCCUUCGUUGAGGGCGCACACCCCGUGCUUUGUGCAUUGAGCGCUAUGAAAUUCGCUGAUGUACAGUCGCUUACGAGCGCCGAAUCUGACGAUAGAGUUGUCAAAACGUCUCAAGUCAUGCGCAAGCGUGAUUGCCAGAAUGCUCGUGUAACUAUCGAUGCAUCACUCUUCAUCAAACUUGGCAUGACUGUGCCUCCCACGAGUGGGGCGGCCACAUCAUUGUCCUUCGACAUACUUGAAGAACUGAAGAAAAUCCUCUCGUUUUACCUCUCGCUUCUGCGGAGGACGGAAUUAGUGGGCGACAUCAAAGCCUUGCUCUUCCCAAAUGUGGAAGAGUCUGCCAAAGAUGUUGCGCCUGAAGUUUCGUUCCCCGAAGACGCCGAGAGCCCAACAGAAGAAAGUGCGUAUCCAAUGGUACAGCCCAUGAAGGCUGCUCUCUUCUUCGACAAUGCGGACGGGUUCGGCGAGUGGCAAAUCCUCAUAUCCACUGAGGCAUAUAAACAUCUACGCGAACAUCGCCGAGCGGACCAAAAAAUAUUCAAGAUUAUCUACAAGAAGAUCAAACAUCUCUCGCAUGGUCAAUUCUCAACUGACAAUUACAAGAGACUCAAUGGGCCGGAUGCAGGCAUUCCUGUCUUCGAAGCCAAGAUGACCAAAGACUUACGACUGGUGUACCAGAUCGAUUGCGUCCCUGAACAGGGUGGGGAGUCUGAGAGACAAGUCAUCAAAGUAUAUGGGAUAUACAGACACUCUGAGCUCGGCAGAAUAUGGAAUGCCUUGGGGAACCAUCUCGCACGCAGGGGUGCGGAAUAUCGCAGACGAUGCAUAUUUCGUACCAAACCUACUAACGAUGUUAUCCUGCCGGCCUCAUUCCCGCCGACGGAACCCCAACCAGAAAUUCCGGCAAGCCCACUGGAUCUUGGUGCUGAGGACAUGGAGCACGUUGAGUCUUCACUCUUUGCUUGUCCUGGAGAAAUAUGUCACAUUCUCGCAAGCAUUUUUGCACAGUCUCAUCGCAAACCACGAUGUACACCACGUCUUCAUGCUCUCGUUGUCGAAUGCGCUACGUCAUGCUAUGUGUUAGGUCGCAGUGGCACAGGAAAAACGACGACAAUGCUGUUCAAGAUUCUUUGGAUUCAGCGAGCCUGGGAACUGGGUGCCAAUAACAUGCCCAAGCCACGUCAAAUCUUUGUCACCAAAUCUAGAAUGCUGGCGACAAAAGUAGAAGAAUACUUCAAACAGCUUCUCGAGUCCCUGUCAAUGUCAGGCUAUACGCUGCCCGAAAUUGCGAAACUUAAGGCACAAAGCAUGGAGGACGAUCUUAUUGAUCCUGACGAUGCUCCCGAGUCGCAGAUGAAUGUACCAGCGAGAUACAGCGAACUUGAGGACAAACACUUUCCUUUAUUCGUGACUUUUGACCGACUAGCAAGGAUGAUCGCAGCUGAUAUCUUCAACAUGGACGAUCCAGAGACGAGGCAUAGCGCUGAGCUGUUCUUCGACACUAAUGAUGCAGAAGCGCAUGACUCGUUUGUCACCUAUGAUGUAUUCGAAAAGCAAUAUUGGCCGCAUUUUCCGCAGGGUCUGACCAAGAACCUUGGUAAUACUGCUUCCUUUCUAUCAGAUGAUGCACUCACGCGUCCUACCAGAUCCAUGUUCCUGAGCUUCCUCGUAGGUAUCAUCAAAGGUUCCGAGCAGGCGUUGAAUUUUCCGGAUGGAUUCCUCGACCGUCCAAGUUACCUUUGUCUUCCCUGGCGUUCCAAUCCAGUCUUUGCAUACCAGAGACACACUCUCUAUGAUAUAUUCGAGAUCUACAUGAAAUUCAAGAAGCAGAAACGCCACUUUGACGUAGCGGAUCGUACGCAUGCGAUACUCAAGGCCUUGCGAAAUCAAAAAUUUCCUGGUCAACAGGUUGAUCAUAUGUAUGUCGAUGAGGCGCAAGACAAUCUUCUAAUCGAUGCGCUGGUUUUGAGGCGACUGUGUAGGCAUUCAAAUGGUCUUUUCUGGGCUGGUGAUACUGCGCAAACGAUCUCUGCUGGAAGUUCCUUCAGAUUCAACGAUCUGAAAGCAUUUAUCUAUCGUAUGGAGCGCAACAGUAGCUCGGUAACCCCCACUGGAGCUCCUGUGCAUCAACCAACGAUGUUCCAGUUGGGUGUUAACUACAGAUCACACAAUGGCAUCGUGAACUGUGCUCACUCUGUCAUCGAGCUCAUCACGAAGUUUUGGCCAAACGCAAUUGAUCACCUUCAACCUGAGAAGGGGGCAGUUGAUGGAGUGAAGCCAGUAUUUUUCACGCACUUGGAUAAUGACGCUCACUUCAAACGGUUUUUGGUCGGGGAGAGUGCUAGUAAUUUAGGGCUUGGAGCCCGCCAGUGCAUACUUGUGCGGAACGAAGCAGCGGUCAAGGCUGUACAAGACAAAGUUCUGUUGUACAACUUUUUCGGAGAUUCCGCCGUAGAUGCCUCACGCUGGCGGGUAGUUCUCAACGGGGUGCAGGGUCAAGGAUAUGCGCCUGAUUUUUAUCGUGACGAGACUCGGUACGCUGCAAUAUGUAGUGAGGCAAGAAUUACCCGUGCAAAGAAGAACGUAUGGAUCCUUGAUACAUCUGACAAAUCUGAUGCUAUGCGCAUUUUCUGGGAGUCUCAAAAUCUGAUCCGCACCUGUGCCCGAAGCACAGAUGUUCCUCCUCUAGCUGCCUCUUCUACUCCGGAAGAGUGGGCAUUCACCGGGCGCUCGAUGUUCUUCCACCAGCACUACUCACAGGCUAUCCAUUGCUUCGAGCGUGCUAACCUGCAUCGCGAAGUGAAGGUUUGCAAAGCUUAUCUACUACGGAGGGCAGCGCGUUCCACUGUAGGAGUGGCCUUGCUUAAUGUUCAACAAAGGGCUUUUACUGCGGCAGCAGAUGCCUUUGUUGAAUGUGCUGCAGCUGCUACGGGCAACGAGAGACGUCAAUAUUACCGCACCUCGGCGUAUUGCUACAUCCGAGGAGGACAAGACCUCAAAGCUGCUGAUAGCUAUCUCAAGGCUGAAGAGUUUGAGUUAGCUGCAAAGAGCUAUCGCAAGGCUGGAUCAUUUGACAGGACGCUGCAUGUCCUUACUGAGCACCGCGCCGUGAUCCCUGAGAAGACUGCAACAGAGUUGUGGAUGGUGUGUCGGCUUCAUUACUGCAGCAGAAGCAACGAUCAAGCCCCUGUGCCACUAUUCUCUUCUUCGUUUGAUGAGGAACUCGAGUUUUUGGAAGAAUACGACUUGGACUGUGCCCGUGCUUCCCUUCUGGAGUCUCACUCGAUGUACUAUGAGGUCGCGGAGAUACACCUAUCAGAGAACCGCCUCAUUGAAGCAGUACAAGCGUUCCUCAAGGACAACAGACACAUUGAUUCAGCUGCUCGUGCCGCUGACACUCUUUUGGAAUUCAUGUGGCGCAAAUGUUCAUUCGGGAUCACCCCAAAAGCCGCCACUGUUGACGACUCAGUCCGGCAAGCUAUGACCCUCGCUGAUCAGCUGCAAAUGAAGAAACUGGAGCCCAUAACUUGUCAUUUGAUUUUGAUGUUUCAGGGCAUCUUGCGAGAAGAUCAUGAGUCGUUGAAGAAACUUGCCCUUACCUUCCAGGAACACGAUCACCACACUGCCGCUCUCCUUUGUCUGGAUCACUUUUUCACUCGAUUGACAGACAUUCGUCCUUUCCAACUGCAUGAAAUGACAAGCUUUCUUGAAACAUUUCAUACCUAUGCGCGACUACUGUAUCAAACUUCGACCAUGCAUGACCCCUUAGGGCGCCGCGAAUGCGAUGUACAAAGACUAUUAUCAAUUGUACCGCUAUCGGGCGACGAGUUUCUCAUACCGAGUGGAACGUUCCUGCACGACAACGUAACAAAAACUCCUCGGAACCACCGUCUGGUCUCGAUGCAUCAAUCCGGAUAUAAGGUCUCUCGUAGAAACGCGACAGAAUUGAUCCAUCUGUCCAUUCGAACUGUCUUGAAGGACAAGGUUUUAGAACUCGAUAAAAUGUGUUGCGAUGCUCCAGUCUUUUUGCAAUGCUUGCCAUUUAUUGUCUCCGGGACGUGUCAAAGACAGCAAUGCCCCCAGAACCACGUUGCGAUAUCGAAUAUGGACCACGUGCAGUAUAACGCCCACGUUGCAAUCCACAUACAGCUUAUUCUUAUCUUGCAACUCUUGUACUCCGCGCAUCCUAGUACGAAACAAUGGGAAAGCAUGAGAGACUGGCUCGAACACCUUUACGAGGCGCUGGCUCCUCCUUUGUUCAUUCAAGGUUCCUUUGCGGACCUCGACCUGACCCUCAUUCCACAUGGUUUAGUUGGUUUGAGAGUGGUGAAGAACUGGAUUCGCGAAUCUUUCUAUAGAUUGAACCCAUCCAAGAGCCCCCAAUUUCUGACGACCUUAAUGAGAAUCACCAGUCUUGGUUUCGCUUUCGACCGGAAUGAUGCUCCCACCUACAUUGCUCAGGCAACGCGUGUCGCCAAAAAUACAUUUACCGAGCUCCUCCGACAGCUAGAUAAUCGCUACCUGGUGGUGGACAUGUUCAAUUCUUACCAAGGAGCUACUCCCAGCAGUAUAUCAUCGGGAAUUCUGUUUCUACGGCAUGUCCUCGACAACGGUUUACGUAUCAAUCUAUCCGUUCUAUGCGACUGCAUUGAGGAUAUCCUUUCCUCUUUCGUUAUAAAUCACAGAAUGGAUCCCAUCCUGGACGAACUUCCACUGCAUGGUGCUGUUCUUCCAUCCCACUGGUUGAUCUUCCCCCAUAAGUUUUCUGUGAAAAAAGACGUCGAACCGGAGUCAAUAAGCUUGCUCUUGGGUGCGAUAGGGAAUCUAAUACGGAGAUUGCGCGUAGGUGGUGUUAUGGGUUCUUUGUGGCUUGCCCAUAUUACCAAUAUCACACCGUUACUUCGCAAUAUUUUCAUCUUCCGGCUCUGCAGAACACUCUGCCUUGUCGCUCACAACACACGAUACCCUAUGAUCAAGCGCAAAGUGAAUACGAUCGUGCUUCAUCUGCACGCAAGCAAUGAACCUCAGCGCCCUGCAUACUAUCAAAAACUCGUGAACGACGUUGUUGAGCAUAUGGCGCUUUUGCCCGGCAGAGGAAUGCCUCGCUUGGAUGGCUACCUGCGAGCUGUUCUCGAUUUCGAUACCAACAAGGGUUCGAGCGGUCUUGUCAAACUUGUUCACAAGACGAGGCAAUCUACUCAAACUUCGUUGGUGCGACAACUGUUUUACGAAAAGGCUAGCGACAUUCCCUAUCUUCUUUCUUCACAUAUGGUUGCUGCACAGUCUAUGCUGAGGGCGGAGGCAGCUGCCUUCGUGCCUCACAUACAGCGUCCCAAAGAUGGUGUAGAGAUUCGUCCGGCCCAGAAGGAGAACUUAAAUCCGGUGCCCCAGGAGGCGGAUAGAGAGGAAGUAAAGGAGAAAGAAGUUUCAGUGAUUGUUGAUUCUGAGGCCACUGAUGACAUGGAAGAUAUGGAUGAGACAGUCACAUCCCUCACAUCCCUUGACCCUGUGCCAGACGAGUCCCUUCGCUCCAACGGGCCAUCGGAAGAGCAAGUCUUGGCAGCUCGCAUGAUUCAGUAUGUAUAUCGCUAUCAUGUUUGGCGACGUUCAGGCUCUGCUGUAGAUGCAGGACUCCGUGCGAUAUUCACGACAUGCCUCAAGGAGACGCGGUCCUCUAAAUGGCGUCCAAGUUAUUACCGUCUUCUUUUCCUCGGACCAUUGCCCCACCUUCUGGCGUGCCUGGAACAAGGCAUUGCGCUAACUCACGCUGCCAAAAUAAAGACGAAAGACCUUUUCAAAACCGAGUCUCAUGAGAAGCUUGAGGAGUUGGGCAGGCAGAGAAGCGAGAUCACAUUGCUCCUCAAAAAAGGCAUGCAAUUGCGCAGUAAGCUAGAGCCUUCCUCACCAGAUCAUCGUACCCGGGACAUCGACGCUCUCAAACGCACGGUUUUAGAGGUCGGGGAAUUCAUUCAGAAAGUUCCUGGCAGCACGACGGACAUGCACGCUAAGUUCCAGAUGGCUUAUAAGGGAAUCAUUGCAGAGAAGAAAUUAUUUCACGUGCGAAACAAGAGACCUGUUCUCAACGUCGAGGACCUAGAUCCCAUUGUUUGA